AUGGCGAAAACUAGGGCGAGGCAGGGGAAAUUGAGUUCUGCGAUCAAGAAACCAAAGAAGCGAGGGCCUUCAUCAUCUGAUAAGGUUCGUAAAACGAAGACAAUGGAUGCGAUUAUUGGUAUUGAACCAGUGGAAUUUUCUGAGGAGGAAGAGAACGAUGAUUCUGAGCAGGCUAACCGAUCCUGUGCGACUGCUCUAAAAGAAGGUAAUCCUAUUACUCCUCCUAUUCUGCGCUCUGGAAAUGUAGUGAGGAAUUUAGAAAAUACCUUUAAGAAUACUGGUAGCUCUAGAAAGGUGAAGAUAACCUUAGAGGACAUUGAGGAUGAGGUUCAUUUUUGGAGUCCUUCUAUAGUCUGCUAUGUUCUAGGUUCCAAUCCUCCUUUGUCUGUGAUUGAAGGAUUUAUUAGGAGGUUUUGGAAAGGGAAAGUUGAUAAGGUUGGUGCGUUGUCCUAUGGGGUGUUCCUAGUCCGGUUUGAUUCUAUUGAAACUAGAGAUGAAAUACUUAAUGGGGGAUAUGUUUUCUUCAACAAUAGACCGGUUGUCAUGAAGGCUUGGGAUUCUGAAACAAGCUUCAAGAAAGAAGAUAUCAGGUUGGUUCCGAUUUGGAUACAGUUGCCAGAUUUAGAAUUGAAGUAUUGGGGAGAAAAAUCUCUGUUUAAAAUUGUUGGGCAGUUGGGGAAGCCUCUUCAAGUUGAUGAAAUGACUAAGGCGAGGAAUAAACUCAAUUAUCCGAGGGUGCUAGUUGAAGCCGAUAUUCAGCAAGAUUUUCCAGCAAGAAUACCUUUUGAAGAUGAGUAUGGUUAUGAUGUUUAUGCCUCAAUUACCUAUGAAUGGAAACCUAUUAUUUGUCAAUACUGCAAAGGAUUAGGACAUGCUACGGUGGAUUGCAAGAAAAAGACAGUGAAAGAACAAAAAUGGGUGAUUAAAGGGUCUAAAGGACAUAACGAUCCUGCUGUUACAAAGAGUUUAGAAGAGAAUUCUGAUGUGAACAGAGAAGCAGAUGUUAAGGAAGGAGACGUGUCAGUACAACCGGUUGUUGGGGGAAAUGAGGGUUUUAAGGAAGUUAUGAAAGGGAGUAAAGUUAGAGGAAAAGAGGUCUUGGCUGAAACUCACAUUGCAAACUCUUACAAUGCUUUGGAAGGACUUUCGGAGCAUGGAACUGAUGUGUUAGUUGGAGCAGUUACAGUCACUAGUGGCAAGCAUAGAUCAUCCAUAGUUAACAAGAAAAGAGGGGGGAGCACCUCCUCUUGGAGAUGGAUAAAAUAG